GGGCGGAAGCCGAGCCCUCCGCGCCGGGCUGUGCCGUGCCGGGCCGGGCCGGAGCCGAACCGAGACCACCAUGGCUUCUUCCAUCGGCAACUUCUUGCGACGGAGCCUACGGCGCGCCGGCCGCAGAGAAGGAAAAGAUGGGGCCUCUGCUGCAGACAACACCCCCCCACAGGCACCACAGGGGAAGCAGGGGGAGCGGAGCUCAGUCUUCUACUCUGCUGGACAUUUCUUCUUUGAGUACCUGGUGGUGGUGUCACUGAAGAAGAUGCCAGAUGGACACUAUGAGCCCAAGAUAACCUACCAAUUCCCAAAGCGUGAGAACUUGCUGAAGGGCCAGAAGGAAGAGGAGGAACGUCUCCUCCAAGCCAUCCCCCUCUUCUGCUUCCCUGACGGCAACAACUGGGCACCCAUCACGGAGUUUACCAGUGAAACCUUUUCCUUUGUCCUGACAAACGUGGAUGGCAGCAGGAAGAUUGGCUACUGCAGGCGGCUGCUGCCAUCUGGGCGUGGUGUCCGACUCCCCGAGGUUUUCUGCAUCAUCAGCUGCCUCGGCUGCUUUGGGCUCUUCUCCAAGAUCCUGGAUGAGGUGGAGAAGAGGCGCCAGAUCUCCAUGGCAGUGAUCUACCCCUUCAUGCAGGGCCUGCGGGAGUCGCCCUUCCCCGCCCCGGGGAAAACUGUCACCAUCAAAAGCUUCAUCCCCGAGUCGGGCACAGAGCUCAUCGAGCUCACACGGCCUGUGGAUGCCCAUCUGGAGCACGUGGAGUUCCAGGCUCUGCUCCAGCGGCUCAGCCCUCACCUCAUCCUGCACAUCUUCGCCUCUGCCAUGCUGGAGCGGCGGCUCAUCUUCCUGGCCCAGGAGCUGAGUGUCCUGUCCCAGUGCAUCCACGCCGUGGCUGCUCUGCUGUACCCCUUCACCUGGGCUCACACCUACAUCCCCGUGCUGCCCGAGUGCCUGCUGGACACCGUGUGCUGCCCCACGCCCUUCAUGGUCGGCAUCCAGAUGCGGCACCUGCAGCGGGUCCUGGAGCAGCCAAUGGAGGAGGCUCUGAUAGUUGAUCUCUGUGAAGGGAAGAUCAUCCGGGCGGUGGGGGAUGAGGAGGAGAUCCUGCCUGGGAAGCUGCAGAACGAGAUGCUGACAUCUCUGAACAGGCACAACAACAACAACAACGUGCACACCUCGGAGCAGGUGAACGCCCUGGUGUCGGAGACCUUCGUGCAGUUCUUUGUGCGCUUGGUGGGGCACUACGGCUCCCACAUCAAGUGGGGCAGGAGUGGCUCUGGCAGCUUCCAGGAGCGAAACUUCUGCAAGGCCAUGGCCUCCAAGAGCUGCCGCCGGCUCCUCAAGAAGUUUGUGAAGACAAACAUGUUCUCCCUAUUUAUUGAGGAAGCGGAGAAGAGCAGGAUCCCCCAGGAAGCAUAUUUCCAGAAGAAAAUAAUAGAGUACCAUGAACAGAAGAAGCACAGAAAGGACUCCUGAAGUUCAGAGUGGGAGAAGGGGAGCAGGAUUGGGAUUGACACGUCCCUGCCAGCAGCACCACACUGGACUCUGUUCCUGCCCACCUGGCACUCCUGGGCAGCACUGAGCACCCUUUCUUUCUCAGGGCAUCAUUGCACUGGAAAACUCUUUGCACAGAACCAGCGCCAGGCUGGGAUUUCCUUCCCACUCUUGGUUGCUCCAGGGACAGAUUGUGACUCCCACUGCUUGGCCCUGCACAGCUCUUGUCCCCCAACAGCUCACACAGAGCGAGGGCAGCCAGGGCUGGCUGCAGGACAGCAGGGGUUUGGAGUAAUUAUUAGAAGGGAGAAAAAGAAGGGAUGAGUAGGAAAUAGUGUUACUUCUCAUUAAAACAAACCAGGGGUUUGCAAAUAAGGAACAUC